AAAGAAGACUUUAUAUACUACUCUUCGUGGGAAUUUGAAGGCACCGACACGACGUCUUCGAGGCCGACUGUUCUUGUUACCGAUCUGAAGCCUUGGGCGUACUAUAUGGCAAGCCUCGAGGGUUGCCUUGGAGAAAACUGUAGCGCUGCAGUGAACACGACAUUCAGAACACCACCAGAAUACUUACCAGAGCCCACUGUCAUCAGAGUCGUAUCUACAAGUAACAGCUCGUUCGAACUCCUCUGGUGGUUCCCGACACGUGAUAUACGCCUCUACGACGGCUUCCGUGUGCGCUACUGUCCGACGAGCGCUGCCUCCUGUGUCCAGAUUUACACCAAGAAAGAAGAACUGACUGUGCGCGGGCUCGAUUCUGGCAUGACCUACAACAUUGACGUGCGCGCACAGUUCAUAAGUACGGACGGACGACUGCUGUUCGGGCGGGCUGCAUCGGCGUCGGUGACCACGUGGAAAGAGCUCCCCGACCUAAAUGUCACCUAUGAGGCAAGAAUUCAAGACGACGUUGGAACCUAUUUGCUAGGCUGGGAGUGCGCCAACAGCAACGUCGACUACUUCGAGUACAGAACAGCGGAAGAAGUACCCUGGACCCGAUGCACUCAUUCGGCUGACUGCGAUGUCACGGUUAAUAACGGACGGACCACCGCGUUCUCAAGCGGAUAUCUACGGCUGACCCACCAAGUAACGGACCCCGGCUUCGUUGUCUUGGUUCGCGGCUGUAAUGACCAUGGAUGCGGACAGGAACGCUCUCUGUGGGUGAACACGCGCCUUCCAGGUCCACCUCCACUCAGUGGCGUCACUAUCACCCGAAGACAACAUGAUGCAAUACUACAAUGGGAGGUGCCGUAUUCAACUGAAUUCAACGGCGUCGAAGUUACCUGGGACUGUAAUGACUACACGAGCACCGUCCAUUUCGCCACAAGAAACCAAAAUUACUGGCAGCGUCGUGAUUCUGGGGACGCAUUUCUACAAGGUAUUCCUGACAAUGGAGAAUAUUGCAGGACAUCUGUUUCAACGUACGAAGACCGAGAUGGAGAAACCUAUUACGGUCCAAUGAUGCGAGCCACUCUUCAGUAGCGUAGCGAUUGCGAAGCCAGAGCUGUGGUACACUUCCGCUCUGGGCUUGCGGGUACCUUCAUCUCUGCCGCCACCAAUGGAACUAAAUAUGACACAUUCAAUCUACAUGAUGUAAACAAGAGGAGAUU